AUGACUCUCGUUCAGGAAUACACGCGCUACUAUCGCUUCUUGACGUUCAUCAUCAACUUCAUCCGUCUGGACUUCAUUCCCAUCAACUGCUUCAUCUUUCGCCACAUCCGGAUGUCCUUCUUCCCCUUCCUGGCCGCCUUUCACUUCGUCGCCACGACGGAGCUGCUGUUCCACGUGAUGUCCGAGGGUGACAUGGUGACAUUCUCCUUCGGCACAAUCUGGUUCUCCGGCAGUCUUCAGGCGUUCAUCAAGACUCUGACUGGGAUUUACUACAAAGAUCAGUUCCUGAUCUUCUUCUCGGCCAUCGAUGAGAUCGUGAAGACGCAAUUUGAGAAGGUUGUCGAUGAGAUUGUCAAGAGGAUUCUCAAGGAAACCAUUGUCCUGACGAAAAUCUGUCACAUCUCCAUCACUUUCAUUUUCAACGCCACGGUGUUUCUUCUUGUGUAUCACGGCAUGAGUUCACCCAAAGGACAGCCUUUAGGCUAUUAUUUGCCCUUCUUCGACUGGUGGGGAAACUUCUCCUUCCAACUCUACGGUGCCUGGCUCAUUCUCUACGCCGUACUGGCCGGAGACUUUGUCUUUAUAGCCUUGGCACUCUUCUUCAGAGGCGAACUCAUCAUCAUUUCAGAGAUUAUUCUCUGCUUCGAUGACAGCGACUUCGCACGAAGUCACAAACAUCUCCUGAGGAUGAUCUACAAGAUGCACUUGCGCGUCUUGCUGAAAUUGGGCACUUUCCAGAAUGUCUACUACUUUCUCACCUUCCUCCAGUUCAUCUCCAGCUUCUUCCUCAUCUGUCUCACCACCUUUAUGAUCCGCUUUCACGAUCUGCAGGCCUGGGCGUAUGCUGUGCUCCUCUGUGGUCUCAUGCAAACAUUUUUCCUCUGCCUAAUCGGUGACAUUCUGUUCGAGAGGGCGAGUCUCAUCAGCACAGCUCUGUAUUUGACCAAAUGGUACGAAAUGGAUCUUGUGGAUCAGCAGAGAAUCCUCAUCAUGAUCGCCAUGGCGCAGAAACCGUACGGAAUCAAAGCUGCAGGACUUGUCGAUGUUUCCUUCUACACUUUUAUUGAGAUUAUCAAACUUUCAGUGUCUUACUGUGCAAUUCUCUUCACUGUCGCUUAA